UUUUCUUUUUCUUUUUCUUUUUUCUUGCCGCACACAAGCCCAUCAUUCUCCUUCUCUGUUUUUUCUCUCCUUCCUCAUUCUCUCUAUAUUUUGUUUUCAUAUUAAAUAAAAAACAUUAUAAAUGACCGAAUACAGCGGCACUUCGAACGACGCGUUGGUAUUCAAAGCCAACGAGCGCAUUCUCUGCUUCCACGGACCACUACUCUACGAGGCCAAAGUGGUCAAGGCCGAGAUGUGGGAUGGCAGCGACCCUGAGGCACCUGAUCCCGGACCACACUACUUUGUGCACUAUAAAGGGUGGAAGCAGACCUGGGACGAAUGGGUGGAUGAAUCGCGGGCUCUAAAGUUCAACGAAGAAAACCUGGCCAAACAAAAGGCCCUGCGCCAGGCAGCCCUCCAGGCAUCUAAGAAAAAGACCAUUAUUUUGGCGUCCAAGCACACAGUAAAGACCGAAAGCGAAGGCGAGUCGCACCAGCCGCACCACCAGAACCAGAACCAAUAUCAACAUCAACACCAACAGCAGCAGCAGCAGCAGCAACAGCAGCAGCAGCAACAACUGCAUCGUAGCAGAAAGCGCACAUGGGAGUCCUCAGCUGAGAAAACAAAUGAGCGCGAGGAUGGUGGGUUGAAAGGACCCGAUGUCAAAAUGCCCAUUCCCAACGCGCUCAAAUCACAGCUCGUUGACGACUGGGAGCGCAUCACCAAGGACCGGCUACUCGUCCCAUUGCCGCGCACACCCACAGUAGCCGAGCUCCUAGCCGGGUACCAGGAAUACAAGCGCGGGGCAAAGGACAGACGCAAAAGCGUCCGGCGCGAAGACGAGGUUGUCGACGAAAUCAUCGAUGGGCUUAAAGUUUAUUUCGACAAGGCAUUGGGAAAUAUUUUGCUUUAUCGUUUUGAGCGGAUUCAGUAUAAAAAUGUUUGCGAGCGGUUUCCGGAUAAGUCGCCGUCGGAGAUUUAUGGCGCGGAGCAUUUGCUGAGGCUGUUUGUGCAGUUGCCCGGGCUGAUCGCACAUACGAAUAUGGAUGAGGAUGCGGUGCAAUUGCUGAGAGAGCAUUUGAGCGAUAUACUCAAGUACAUGCAUCGGUCGAUCAAGACGCUGUUUGCUGAGGAGUACGAUAACGCCAGCCCGGCGUAUAUGGCACUUGCCAAGGGAACGUGAAAUAUGUUUAUUU